AUGGAGACAGACACACAGGACCACCAGCCAUCUUCAAAUGGCCUACAGGAGCGACUUCAUGCUCUGACAGGACAAAAUUCACAGUUACAUGGCAAAAAUGAACAACUUUUCACUAAAGUGUGCUACCUGGAGAACAGACUUGGACAUCUGGCCAGCUCCAACACAGAUCUAUCCUGCAGGCUGGUCCAGAGUGAAGAGGAGAGAUUGAAGAUAUCCAAGGAGCUUGUGGAGGAAAAAAUUCAGACAAACAAGAUGAGAGAGCAGUUCGAAGAAGAGAUGUUUGAGCUAAAAAACAGGAUCCUGAACCUAAACGGUGUGAUAACAGAGCUCGAGAUGGAACGAGACAAGUUACUUAGGGAACUCCAGUCGGCUGAGGCUCGGCUGAAAGUCGGAGAGAAGAGCGGCCAAGACCUGACAGAGGAGUACGCCACACUCAAGAAGAACUACCUGGGUCUGGUUAAGGCCCAUGACAAAGAGUUGGCCCAAAGCGAGGAGCUGAGUGCUGAGUUACUGGCCCUGGCCCAGGCUCAGGACGCCCUCCGCAGACAGCUGGGGGAGCAGCAGCAGAGUGUUAAGGAUACCACCCAGGGCCUUCACAGGGAGCUGGACAGAGUGCAGGCCUUGAUCAGCCGUAUGUCGCAUAACAGAGUCAAGCUACUUGGAAACCAAGAUGAGAUCAAAGACAUGCUGGAGAAAAUGAAGAACAGCUACAAGGAGCAACAGAUGAAACUGGAAGAGAAAGUGGAGGCCAUGGGUAAAGAGCAUCAGGAGAACAAGAGAGCAAUCCAUGAUGGCCAGCAGAAACUAUCAGAGCAGAAUGCAGCCCUGAUGUGCUCUCAGAGCCAAGUGAAGGAGGUAGAAGUAGAGAACUCAAAGCUGCAGCUGCAAGUCAAAGAGCUUAAUGAGGAAUACCGCACAAGGCUUGUGUGUUAUUUACAGGACUUAGCUGAGUACAUCGAUGCAAUGGGAGCUACUAAAAGCCCUUCAGAGGGAAGUAAGAUGAAGGUGUUUGUGGACGAUAUGCUUCGAGAUGUUCGUUCAUCUUACAGGAUCAGGGAGGAACAGCUUGCCUCUGCUGCUCGCUCCUAUAAGAAGAGACUACAGAAGAUCACCAAAGCCCAUCAUGCCCUACUUAUUGCAUACAGAGCGCAGAGGGAACAGAUUUUGGCCCAACCAGAGAGCGGUCUAGACUCUGGACCUCCAGAAGCCCACUUCAGCCUGGAUUCCAGUGAGCUGAGAGAUGAAACUGAGAAGGAGCUCCAGCACCUUCGGCAGGACAAGGUGAGGCUGGAGGGUCAGCUGCAGGCAGCCUGGGAGCAGGUGGCUGUCCUCAAAAUGCCAGUUCAAACUCCAGUUCAUCAGGAGCCCGCAAAACUGGAGCAGAUAAGCGAGGAAUCCUGGCUGGACAUACAGAAACAGCUGAAGGAGAUCACAGACUCUACACUGGGGAGCUUUGAGAAGGAGCGUGCUCUCCUCAUCACCAGAGCGACAGUUGCAGAGGCGCAGGUGUCGGAGUUGCAGGAGUAUAUUGACAACCACUUGAGCAGGUAUAAACAAGAGAUCACAAAUCUCCACAGACAGCAUGGGAUAGAGGAGGCCGAGCACUCCCAGAGCGCUCAUCCAUCACUCUAA